AUGGAGUUAAACAGUGGGGUCUGGGGCUCAGGCCAUCAAUCUAUCUGUUGUUCGAGCAGAAAACGUUCAGAGAAUGACGGGCGGGAUGGUAGAACCCCCGACACCGGGUCACUCUCGGCGAGCCGUCGUGCCGGACGUUCAUGUAUCACUGCCAGACCUCAUCCCGUACUUCACUGUUCCCGUCAUCCGAUGAACCUAGCGUUCUGCCGCGUUGCUCCGUCUCCGCAUUCCCACGUCGCAGGAUGGUUGCGCAAGUGCCUCACCAUGCUUAGCACUUCGAUCCUCUGUCCACAUCAAAACGGUACCUGUACUGGCGAGCUUGGAACUUCGAGUCCCGUUCAAAAUCGAGCGUUCCACGAGCUCAGUUAG